AAGCUCCUCGCAGAGUUGAGUGAACUACAACACCAAAUGGUUCAGCAAAAAAAGCUUGUUGCUGAGAGCCUAAUAAAAUCCACACCAUCAAUUACGUAGAAGGGCUUAGCUGAAGGACUAUGUUGAGUUGUCAACCUAACUGCUUCAUGGCGUUAAUGUACAACCUUCUUAAACUCUACAGUCUACAGUAAUAACUGAAAUUCAGAAUGGGAGAGAGAAAGGGAAAUGUUAAGAUAAAGCGGUGGAAGGUGGAUUGGUCCAAUCUCCCUGAACAAGCGCUUUCAAGAAUUAUCUAUUACCUUGACUACGGGUACGAUCAUUCUAGAUUUCGAGCAGUUUGCAAGAACUGGCGUUCUUCUUCUGAUCCCCCAGACUGCCUUUUAUAUUACAAUCUGCCCCUCAAAAUCCCUACGCAUUCCCCAGUUUUUAAGAGUUCGACUCACCCUGUAUUCCUAAUGUAUGGAGAAUUCUGUCUUAUUCAACCCCUUCACGAUUCCUCCAAAUCUUUCUUUGUCUUUGUUGAGGAGCUCACUCCUGGUAAGCUUCGCCUUCUACAUCCCAUCACCGGUAUUCCCUUCCACAAUAUCUCCACCUCUAUUAACUUGUUCGAUUUUCAACUUGAUUAUCCUUUUUAUUCAACAAACAUCUGCUUCGCCAACGGUGAUCAGAAUGUAUUCAAUUCCAAUGGUCUCUCAUUUUGGAGUAAUCAUCCUGUUAAGACUAAAGUUCUCCCCUUUUUGGGUGUUGAUGAUGAGGCUGAUAUUUUAGGAAGUGGAAUGGAAAGUUCUGAUGAAUAUUCAGAGAAUUACACCGGUUGGGUGGGUAUUAUGGUGUUGUUGCUUGAUCAAGGAGGAAAAUUGGGGUCCUUGAAGUUCAAUGGUGAAUGGAAGUUUGUAGAUUAUGGCCCGGAUAUUUUGUUUGAUGACAUGGUGUAUUUUAAGGGCAAUAUUUGUGCUAUUGAUCGUCAAGGAAGAACUUACCUUAUCAAUGGUCCUGAAUCGAGGGUGAUUGAAACGAUAUCUAAGCCGCUUUGUCUUAUCUAUGCUAGUGACUGCCGGAAACUCUUGAUGAGUUUUGAUAACAAGUUGCACAUGAUUGUUAGAGAAAUUCAGAAAUUCCGGGUUUUUGAGUUGGAUGAGGUGAAUCAUAGGUGGGAGAGAGUAACAUUGGGAGAUUCCAUAUUGUUUAUAAGCAAUAUCAGGUCUUUUAUGUUUGAUGCUAAAGAGUUUCCAGGAUGUGAAGGUAAAGGGAAUUGCAUCCUGUUCCCCACCAACAGUUUUCCUUGUUAUUCUUCUGCUGAUAAUGAUUUGUUUAAAGGAGCAAGCAGGAAUCUCGAGAUUGGUGUGUUCUAUUUAGAUCAAGAUUGCUCUCAGCAUUUAUCAACUUACCCGUACUUAUCUGUAUUGUUUACGCCUCCUUCGUGGCUCUUCACUGAUUCAACCUCCCCCACAUGUGCAACAAAGAAAUCUGGAGGAACACAUAUCAAGUCUAACUUGGUACCGCCCACUUUCUGUCAGAAUAUAAUUGAUUUGGACUUAAAUCCAAUGAUUGGUAAUGAGAAAGGUGCUUCAGUUGAGAAGUUCCAAGCAACUAGCCCUGAUUUGAUACAGGUUUUGCAAAAACUUUGGGAUAAAUAUGGGAAUAUAAUUGAAGGGCAUGCCAUUCGCAGUGACGUACUUUUGAAAUGUGCCUUGGAGGAACUAGCAAAGAUGAUCAUCAUUCUUCAACAAAACACACAGAAGACCCUGAAUUCAUCCCAAGUUGAAAACCUGCAGUCCACUCUAGCCGACCUUCAGACCUUGAAUUUCAGAGUUGAAUGGCUUGUUCCUAUUGUUGCUAAAGCUUCUAAAUCUCUACAAAUUAGAGAGAAGAUUGAUACGAUCACGAAGCUAGAAGCAACAAGGUCCAAGCUCGUAGCAGAAUUGCGUGAAGUUGAAGAAAAAAUAUUGAUUGAGCAGAACAUGAUUGCAGCUUAUGGUGAAAUUGACUCACCUCUACUGAUCUUGGACUAGUGAUUGGUUGAAGGACUAUAUGGAGAGUCUACUUUGUAUUGUAUUGUUUUGUUUUCUUAGCAAUAUUUUGUUGUAUGCUUUUAGUUGCCUUUUUCAAAACUGAUGUUUAAAUCCAUGAGUCUCUGACAGUGGAAGUUUGAUAUCAGGAGAUGAGGAGUAGUAGCAGCAGCAGGGAGUUAGUUCGCACUAGCAUUCGAUGGAUUUUAGGUUUACAUGUGUUAAGCUAGUUGCUGCUUUUGGUUAUUUUGUUAUUUUGGGUUUGCAAAUAGUCUUAAUAGGCGGUAUGUAUAUGGUAGGGCAAGUAAGUUUUUGGGCAUGCCCUUUAUGUAAAGACUUGUACUAAGUUUGUAAUAGAUGUCAGCUCCGAUUUGGUCCCAGUUUUGCAGAAAAUAUUGGAUAAACAUGGGAACAUAAUCGAAGAGCAUGUAGUUCAUAGUAAUUCCCUUCUGAAAUGGGCCAAUACAGAGGAUUCAUCAUGCUUAUUUAGUUA